AGUCUAAACUUGUUUCUAUUUGUUUGAAUUGUAAAGCUAGUUCAUACGGGGUGGAUUGUCCAAGACCAUAUAAGUAGACCACCCCUGCCUUUUUCAUCCGAUGUGGGACUCUUGAUGCAAUUUGUUCUCCAAGCCCAUACGAGGAAACCACCCAUCCCUUUUUUAUCUGAUGUGGAUUCUUCAACAUGAAUGAUGCAAUUUGCUUAAACCGCUUCUUUGAGAUGCUUUACUUCAUCCGAGGGCCAGACCCACUUGUGGGGUUAUACUGGCAAGACUAUCUUCGGAAGAUAUCUUUAAAGAUGCUGACGAUGGAGACAAAAUCUCAAAAUCCUAUAACCAAUUCUAUUCAGCCAAAUCCUGCAAGUAGUGGUCAGAAUGCCCUUGGUCCAGGAUCCCACAGCAUGCAAUCCCAAGUUAACAGCCAAGCACAGCAACUUCCUGUACCUAUGGCACAAAAUACAUAUGCACAUCAGCCGCCUACCAUGGAUUCUGAUGGGCUAGAUAUUGCUUCGGAGUUGGAGUUUGAUAGACUUCUGAGUUUGAUUGAUUAGAUGGUAGUUAUGAUGGACUGUGUCAUGGAUGGAAUGGUUUUGGUACUUCUGGUAUUGAUAGAUUGGGUUGUAGUUUUGAUGGAUUGAGUUCUAGUACUAAACGUGAUGAGCGUUUAGCGCAUGAAGGGGUUAUGUAAAGUACUCGCAAACUCAUGCACCCCUCCCUAGAUUAUGUAAAGUACUUGUGAACCCAUGCAUCCUUAGAUUAUGUAAAAAGUACUGAAUCUUUUAAAUUACUUAUAUUUUAUGUGGGAACCCUAGCAAAAAUUUGAAAUAUCCAUCUCCAA